ACAUUUUAAGUGUCAGCUGCCGGCGUUAAUAUUUGUCGGCGUAGGGCUUUGUUUGACACAUUGUUGUUUGAUGGAUUUUUUUUUUGUAAAAUUUUGUUGAACGGAGAAGAAUUUGCUGAACUUCCAAAGAAAACGAUAAACAAACAAAAUGGGAGCAGCACAUUCGUCAGAACCCAGAUCCGUAUCUAUGGAUAAUCCCACACCGGCUGGUGUUAUUGAUAUAUCCGAUGAUGUAGUGAAUCGUUUAAAACAAGGCAUUACUAAACAGGCUAAGGAAAAUGCUACAGCUGCUGCCUCAACCAAAAAAGAAGCUCCACCCAAGACAGCACCAGCUGUUGCUACAUCUGCUGCUCCAGCCAGACAACCCACAGUUGUUUAUAAAAAUCCUCCACCAGUUGUUUAUGCUGCUCCCAGUGGUCACACACUAAGCGCAAUGGAUGUUCAUCGCCAAAAAGAGGUAGAGUUGCAACAAAACGACGCAAUGUGGCGCCAACGUAUGGCACAAUUGGAACAGACUCUUAAAAAGACCAAUGCCAUAAUGGAAACUGAAUACUCUUCGGCAGUAGAAGAUGUACGCAAACGUUUUGCCACAGCUUCACCCAUCCAUCAACUGCCACCAUGUCAGGAUCUUAAAGCACAAGUAAUUGCCUGUUACCGUGCUCAUCCCGGCGAGACUCUAAAAUGUGCCGAAGAAGUGGCUGCUUUCCGUAACUGUGUUAAUUUGAAUCGCAUUAAAAAAAUUGAUGCAGCAGAUGCACCCCAAGAGAAACCUGCUAAAGCAGCAUAACCAUUUGGUUCCCGCUAAACGUUUUACAAAUAUGUAAAGUCUGCUGUUUUUUUAACUGGGCGUUUCUACCGAGUUCGGAUGCAUCUUAGUCCUCUAAUAGUUUAAUAAAAAAUACCUCCUUAAUUUUUAACUUUUGUGGCAGUCUUUAGUUGUUUUCCGUUUAAUUUUCUUUAAAAUCUUGAUUUUCUGCUGCAAGUGUAUUUAAAAUGAAAAUGUCGAUAAACAUUAAAGUGAAUGAUAAAAUUGAUGAAAAUGUGCAACUUGUAAAGUGAUUCAUUAAAAAAGGAAACUAAUUUAAAUAUACAACAA